UUGGUGGGCCCCACAACAUGGUCGCUGGAGGGAGCAAAUUGGGUCGGCAUCAUCCGCACCUGCCCGAGCGCGCCGCCGCGAGCGCUCUCGGCUCGACGCCGGCGGCUUGACGGAGCGUCGUCUUGCGCCUCGCGCUCUAUUUCUUCAGGUCACCAGCUCUCUCUCCCCGCCAUUAGAGAUCACCUCAUCGCCUCUCGAACUCAGAGGAGAAACCCUCGGGAAGGGAUCGCUCUUGGCUGUGCAGCGCCGCCACCGCCUGGGACCAGCGCGCGAUGGUGGUGAGCCCGGAGCUGGAGGGCCUGCGGCGCAUCGCGCCUUCCCGCUUCGUCUCCUUCUCCUUCCCCAACCCUUUCCUCGGCCACGCUUCCGAUCCUUACGCGGACGGGGGCGGCGGCGCCGGGCACCUCCACCUCCUUCUCUCCAUCCAGUUCUCCCGUCUCAUACUCGUCGGCCCCGAGCUCUCCGCGCCUUCUCCUCGGGUCGUCCCUUGCGCCGCUCGCCCGGACCCGGACCCCGCUCACGCCCGGCUCCGCCCCCUCCUCCUUGCUCUCUGCCCCGUGGCCGCGUUUCGGGACAAUGCCGUGCCUGACGUCCCGUUGCUCACCUUCCAGGAUGACCUCCUCCUGCUUGCUCCCGUCAAGUUCGUCACCGGCCCGGUCGUCGGCGAGAUGGUCGUCGAGGAUGUGGCCAUUGACAAUGCUCCCGGGCCUGCCGAAUUGCACCGCAGGCUGCGGUUCAAGCGCAUGCCCUGCCUCGUGCAGACCCAGGUUCGCCUAUGUCGGUCUUCUGCUGCUGCUGCUUCGUCGUCGUUGGUGGAAACACUGGAAGGGUCAGGUGGUUUCUUACAGCCGGAGGUGCGUGGUUCCUUGGCCCAGCCUUACCUCCAAGCCAUGGUUGCCGGUCUUGCAGUGAUCGCGCCUUACAUUGAGGAGAGUAUUCAGUCAGGUGUUAGGCCUAGGUGCCUCUGUGCUGGUGUUGGAGGUGGAUCACUCCCCAUGUCGAUCAGAGUGGGACUUCAGUUCAAUGUGCUCGGUGUAGAGGCCGACGGUGUUGUCCUGGAUGUCGCAAGGAAUCAUUUUGGUCUGGUGGAGGAUGAGUUUCUCCAUGUCCAUGUCGGUGAUGCUAUACAGAUGAUAGAGAAUUUUUCUCGGCAACAGGAGCCUGGUAUGAAAUUCAGUGCAGUUAUGAUGGAUCUUGACUCCUCUGAUGCUAUGUGUGGUGUCAGCGCGCCCCCAUUGGAGGUGAUUCAUGGAAGCGUCCUUCAUGCUGCUCGCACAAUCCUGGACCAGCAUGGAGUGUUGAUACUGAAUGUCAUCCCACCUCCUGCAGAUGGAUCCGUCUACAAGGGGCUGAUUGAUGUUCUUCGCCAAGUUUUCUCAGAACUGUAUGAGAUAGAUGUUGGUAAUGGCGAGAAUUUCGUUCUUACUGCCACAGUCUCACCAAUUGACACUGCACUUACUGAUAAUUCAGGACACUUUCUUACAGAACUGAGGAAAUUAGCUGUGGAUUUCCUGGAACAUAUAAGGAAAAUUUGACAUUUCUAGUCUUUCUAUUAUCCUCCACAAAGGCUGGUACAUAUCCUUGCUGCCAACUGUUUUUUCGCGACCGUGCCUGAGCACGUUUUUCAUUAAGAGGCUUGCUGCUAACUGUUGGAACUUGAGAGGGCUAUAUUAGCAUUUAAGCACUACAAAUGGAUUUUGCUGUUGUAUACACCUCAGCUUAACAAAAAAACAAAUGAGGUGUUUGUUCUAUGUUCUUUAUCAAAACAUGAGACAAGUAUGACCUUUUGAGGUAAUCAGUGCAAAGUCACUUGUUUUCCAAUGAAUAUUUUCUGUGGUGUACAACAAGAUGAUCUCGUACCUCAUGUGUUCAACAAAAUUUUGAUGGAAGGAUGCAGCUAUACAUACCAAGGGCCAAAAUUUUGAUGCAGGCACUGCCAAAUACUAAAUGAUUUCUAUAACCUCAUUGCCAAUGCAAUGCAAAUGGCACUUUUUUUUAAAGAUGCAAAUGGAGCUGACUGCCUUCAACUGAUCUGGUUUCGGCCAAAUCUUCAUCAGGAAUUCAGGAUACAAUACUAAAAAAAAAACUUUCACUAAAGUAGGGUUUCAUCUCUAGCCUACCCCAACUUGCUUGGGAAAAAAGACUACGUUGUUGUUGUUGUUGUUGUUGUUGUUGUUGUACUAAAGUAGGGUGUCUCCCCAGCAAAAAUUAUAGUUAUUCUACCAAAAACUCAUCUCAAUCCAAAUCAAUAGGGGUCUUCCGAUCAGGCGGACGUCUGGUGCCUCAUUACCACUGGGUCAGGGGUUGACGAAUAUGAAGCAAUCGAUCAAGGAUGAGAGAUGGCCAUCUAUGUUUUGGAUAUGUUCAGAUCGAGGGCAAGUUGGACGUGAAAUGAGCUUGUAGUAUAAAUCGUCAGGAUUGUAUUUUGACAAUUGACAAUGGCUGAUACCAUAGUUUGAGUGGAAUUGUACACCCAGAGGGAAAGUGUAAACUGUUGGAGUUAGUCAUUUUCGUCUUUUCAGAAUGUUGUUUUUCUUCAGUUUUUAGAAUGAAGUGUUGGCACUAGGGGAGGAGGAAACAAUUAGAGUAAAAUGCACUGGGGGUUUUUAAAUUA